GGCUUCAGAAACACAUUCAAUUACCGAUUCGACUUGAAACAGUUAGUUCGUAAAAUAGAAAUAAAUUUAAUUCGUUAUCGAUAUACAAAUUUCCAUUGAAGUGUUGUUGUAAUUUCGAAGUUCGUCAUGGAAAAUAGCUCGUACUCGAAGCUAAUUGAGGACAGUAUUAAGCUGCAUUUCGAACGAAAUGGCAUUCUGGACGAGAUGCGCAGUGGGCUGCACGUGAAGGUGCUGAACAUGAUGCGCGGAGAGACGGAUUUGAAGAAGGAAGACCCACUCUGUGGCGGGGAUAUGAGGCAGCGGGGCUUGGUGCAGCUGCUCAACUAUCUGGUGGUCGACUACUUCUCCUGGUACGGCUAUAAGCAUACCCUGGAGACGUUCGCCCUCGAAACGGGCGACAAGUGCCAGUUGAAGCCGCGCGAGAGGCUGCAACGGGAGUUCGGCGAUAACUUCACCCAGAAAGAUUURCCCAUUCUCCUGCAGAUGGUGAUGAAGCAGRCCAAAAAUAUCAAUGAGAAAAGCUUGCCGCAAUCGCCGCAGCAGCUCAACUCGAGCAGGAAGUUUAUUGAAGGCGUACCUCAGGAAAAGGAUAUUCCACCCGAGGGCAACCCGACCAAGAURCURAAGUCACCCUCACCUCGUGCCGAGCCUAGCAACGGCCCAACCGAGGGUGUUCCUAGUAAAGAUCCAAAGCCCGCUAMCCGCAAAGGUGUCARGAAACCACAGGCCAAGGUGAAUGUGCGAAAGGCUAUGGCCGACUCCUCGAAGUUGCCGUCGACCCCGCCCCGUAUGAAGCGUGUGAAGAGACCGCCGACGACAGCGAGGAAAACGCGAUAUAGUUCCGAAUAUGAAUCAAGUUCGAGAUGCACAACUGAGUCGGGAUCGGGCGAAGAUUCGUCCACUGAUAGCGAUGCCUUUGCAGCAAUACCCAACCGGUAUUAUUAUCGCGAGCAGGAGCCACCCGAGCAAGCCUAUCGGAACGGCUUUGGUGAGGAGGGUCCCUACGAGAUUCCCAGUCAAUCGACUGUGCGCAGUCCACUGAGGCCACGCGGCCUUGGCAAGCGAAAGCCCCUGAAAAUCGUCGAAAUGCGCGAUGACGCCGACAAGGACAAGCCGCAGUGCAGCAGCAAGGAUACCACUAAUAAAAAUGCCCCAGCUGCGAAGGAUGCCAAUGCCAAGACUACGGAACAAAAUACAUCCAAACGUACAAUAUUUCAAUCACUAAUGGCAGUUAGCAAGCCUAAGUGCCCCGAAACUAUGGUCGGCAGCAUGCAGGAGAGCUCCGACGAUAGUCCCGAAGACAGCGAUGAGUACUUAUAAUUUGGAGUGAUAAAUGUCAAUUUAUUGUUCGUUUCAAAUGUGCUUACAAAAUUCUUAUGCUGUGCCAUCAAGUCCUAGAUACUUGAAUA